AUGGAAGAAGAAGUCUGGCUUAGUACUCAACGGUCAAUGGCAGUAGCUUCUCUUUUUCUUGUUUUAAUUGGCUGCUUCGGCAAUGCUUUAUCGUUCCUUUUAUUCAGUCGACCUCACAUGAGGACAUCAUCUGUCAACGUCCUUCUAUGUGCUUUAUCGUUUUUGGAUUUUUUUCUUCUUUUAUUAUCCAUUCCAACAUUCGUUAUACCAAACUUGGGAAUGAUGGAUGAACGAACAGCAACGACGUUUCUAGCAUAUGUUCUGAAGUUCAUCUAUCCUGUUAGCUUAAUAAUGCAGACAUGUAGUGUUUAUACCGUCUUAAUGAUCACCUUUGAAAGGUGGACGGCAGUUUGUAGGCCCUUGCUGGUUCGAGUAUGGUUUAGUCCGAAGAAGUCACGAGUAGCCAUAGUUGCCAUUUUCCUUUAUGCAUCAGCUUAUAACUUUAUCAGAUUCUUUGAAUAUCGCCUAUUAAGCGAUCCGGAUGACAACGGUGCCGCGUAUUAUGAAAAAUGGCUCAGAGAUCCGGAUAAACACAAAUGGUAUUAUGUUGGAUAUUACACAAUCCUCUAUAUUCUAACACACUUCGCCUUACCGUUCACUAUAUUGGCGGUUCUGAAUGGUCAUGUCAUAGUGACGAUGUGGAAGGGACGUCGAACGCGAAUGAUGUUGACGAGACAACAACAGCGUGAGCAAUCGACCACACUGAUGUUACUGAUCGUAACUUGUGUUUUUGCAAUUUGCAACACUCUGCCAUUCCUUUUGAAUAUAGCAGAAUCACUCGUUCCCACUUUAUUCAUAGAUGAUUCAACAGCUGGAUUGGCUUAUACAUUUAAUGAUUUGGCAAAUAUGUUGGUCAUGCUAAAUUCGGCCACCACAUUCAUCGUUUAUUUCUCAUUUUCUGAGAAAUAUCGUCAAACUUUGACAUUCAUCCUCAAAAAUGGCUGUUGUGCAACUAUGUCUGAUUACAAUCAAUAUCAAGCAAUGUCACGAACAGCUUCUAUGAGAGUCACUUCUGGAUGUAAUGAUAUUAGCAGAAAUGGUAGUCGAAAAAGCAAUAUUAGUCGAAAUUCUGAUGUUCUACUCAAGCCGCUGUAUAUGCAGAAGAGGACAGAUCGCUGUUCGUCUGAAUACAGUGAACGGACGAGCAAAUACAAAGACAUUGAGAACUUCAAUUUGCCUCGCUUGCCGAAUGAGAAGAAAAGAAAAAAACAAUCUUCGUUCUCCGUGUCAACCAAGCCAACGCCAGAAAUAACGGUGACUUUUAGUGAUGAAAUAACGAAGAACGAUAUGCUAUCACCUGUUAUUUCGGAAAAUUAG